GACCAGGCGACCUUUACACCGGAAACAGUUCCUGUAAACUCUGUGUACAUUUGGAGGUGAGAGCGUGACAUCCGAUGCAACAUUUAAAAUGUCCAAAAACACUAGAAUAGCUUUCAUAUUUGGAGGCUUUGUAACGGCUGUUGCCGCUGCAUUUUACCCCAUAUUCUUCUACCCGCUCGCACACAAAAACGAGUACAGAGAAGUCCAAAAGGUAAACCGGACAGGAAUCGACCAAGCAGACAUUCAGCCUGUGGGUGUGAAAAUAUGGUCUGAUCCAUUCAAGCCUGCAGGCAAAUGAUGCUGACACUGAUGCUGAUGAAGAUUUUGAAGAGAGAAUUCCUUUUUGAUGAGUGCUUGCUGUGCGCACGAGUGAGUGCUUUCUAGAAUGUGUUUUUUUUUUUUUUUGGUUGUUAAAGUCAUAUAAAUAAAGUUCAGAGCUCUUAUAACUGCAAUAUGAUUCUUCAACAAUUUGUUAAUUUAACUUCUCUCUCUAAUGAGUAAUAUAUUGUGAUGACACGAAGAAAAACAAAUCAAACCGUGUGAUGGACUUUCUACCACAUUCCUGUCAUCUUUCAAAUUUCAGAUGAUGUGCUGCUACUUCUCUUUUGUCCACAAGGGGGUGCUCUAUGCCUAUCUGUCGACACAAAAUAUUGUGUGAUGUUUUGUUUGUGCAUCUUAGAUAUUUUGGAAAAACUUUUGUAUUUCCAAAAGCCUUGCUCUGGUAUGUGGCCUGUGGUAAAUUAUAAUAAAAUACAGUGGUUUGUAUACCCAUCUCAUUCA